AUGCGUAUGGCGAUGAUCAAACCGCUCAUGUGUUUGUUCUUGUCCCUUGUGGUCCUGAUCUGCUUGUCCUCCCAGCCGGCGCUCACCCAAAUCCUGCUGCAGGGCUUCAACUGGGAGUCAUGGAACAUGUCAGGGCCCGGAUGGUACGACCUCCUGCGGAGCCAGGUCGACGACAUCGCCGCCGCCGGGACGAUCACCCAUGUCUGGCUGCCGCCGCCGUCGCACUCCGUCGACGCGCAAGGUCGAUCUCUGAUUCUCAGUCACAAACAUAUUAUAUCAGCGAUACCUUCCGCCCUUCCGGGGCGGCUGUACGACCUGAACGUGUCCCAGUACGGGAACGAGACGCAGCUCAGGGCGCUGAUCGCGGCGUUCCACGGCAAGGGGGUCCAGUGCCUCGCCAACAUCGUCAUCAACCACCGCACGGCGGAGAGCAAGGACAGCCGCGGCGUCUACUACUGCAUCUUUGAGGGCGGCACGCCGGAUGGCCGCCUCGACUGGGGCCCCACAUGA